UCCCGACCCCGACCUGCGCCCCUAUCAUACCCUGUGUCCCUCCUAAAAUAUUCAUACUCUGCGGUACACCAUCACUACACAUGCCCUCACUGCCCCUGCGCACCUUGCGCUCUAAGCUCAUACCACCCCGUGCCCCCGUCCCGUCGCCAUCAAGCAUCGUGAAUAAGAAACUUGUCCAUUCGCCCGGUACACAGAGAGAGAAGACUGCGUGUGUAUGGGAUGCGGAUGCUGAUCUUCGUGUUGUCGGGGUGCGUGUUGGGGUUGGUGCUCUCUCCGCCUUUCCCAUACACCUGCACACACCCUCAUCUCCCCUGCUCGCUCAACCGUCUCCUAUCAGGAGGAGCGUCACACCCCAUGAAUGCGCGGGGAUGCAGAGGAUGGUAACGUGGAAGGAAGAGACGGGUGGAGUGCAUGAGAAGGCGGGCGGGUGCAUUUGCGGCGGUGUUGAGGAUGGCGUUUGGGAUGAGUGUAUCGGUGGUGUUUUGAGAGUGGGCGUUGGACGUGUUGAUAUUGAAGGCGUUUGUGGUUUGAGGGAGCAGAAAGACGGUAGGUCGACGAAGGAGAUGGCGUUCGCCGUGGAGGGAAACACAGCGGGGACACACAAAGGGCGUGGAGUGAGCAUUGUAUCCAAUCAAGGCUGCCCACCAAGCGCAGGCGACGAGGUAGAUCUCGGAAGUGACGCAGCCUGUUUCUGUGGCGUCGGCGCUACUGAUGCUAUCGACGGCAAAAUCGUCGGAACCGUAGGGGUCACAAUCGCUGGGACACAAGGCGUCGCAAUCCCCUUGGCACCUUCAAUAUCCAUCAAGAACAAGCCGUACUCGCCCUCCGCGUUAUCAUCGUAA